GAGAGAGAGAGAAGCGGGGGGAGAUGGAGAAAGAAUUGACAUAAAAAGUGAACUGGAACCAGGAAGUUAAAAACAGUGAUCAGAAGAGGGAACAGAUGAGCAGACGAGCAGAUGAAGAGAUGAGCAGAUGAGCAGAUGAAGAGGCAGGGGACCGUGCAGUGUUGAAAGGGGAUGGAUGCAGUGAAAAUGCACCACUCCCAUGCAGCGUGCAGUGAUUAACAAAAGUAGGCUGACAGCUGAUAGAAAGAAACGAGAGGUGCGGGGCUUGUCCAGAGAGAGAGACAGAGAGAGAGAGAGAGGAGGAGGGGGAGAGACAGACAGAGGGAAGCAGUCCAAAAAAGAUAGGCAGGGUGGGCUAUUACUGUAAGUGUGUGAGAGUGGAAGAGAGACCGGGGUUGACAGAAAACACCAGAGCAACUGUGAAACCAAAGGUCCCCUGGGCUCCAGACCGAGUGGAUCCACCUCGCCUGUAUAACACUUCAAAUCCAAGCCUUGAGCUCCUAGCGCCAGGAACCAUGGACACUGGGGAACAGCUGUAGCUCUGGACCUGAGAGGAGGCCCUCAACCUCUGGGCAGCAUGUCAACAGGCCCUGGACUUGGUGAGUCGGGCCUAGCCGAAGGCAGCCAGUCCACAGGACCGGUGGGGCUCCAGACGCUGCUAGACCUGCUGGUAGGGGUCUACCAGGAGUUUUGCUCCUCACCCUUCUCAAGAGAGAAGUAUGUCUGUGGGUUCCUGCAAUGGGCGGAGCCCCUGGUGAGGAGGGUGAAGAAGACCCGCAUCGAGAGAGACGACUUCCACAUCCUGAAGGUGAUCGGCCGGGGCACCUUCAGCGAGGUUGCUGUGGCAAAGAUGCGUAGUACUCAAAAGGUGUAUGCUCUCAAGAUCAUGAACAAGUGGGACAUGCUGAGGCGAGGAGACACUGCGUGUUACCAGGAGGAAAGGGAAGUUCUCUUGAAGGGUGAUAGGCGAUGGAUCACCGAGUUGCACUAUGCCUUUCAGGAUGACAACUAUCUGUACUUAGUGAUGGAUUACUAUGUGGGCGGUGACCUGCUGACCCUGCUCAGUAAGUUCGGAGACCGGAUCCCUGAAGAUAUGGCUCAGUUCUACCUGGCUGAGAUGAUCAUGGCCAUUGACUCUAUCCACAGACUGGGUUACGUCCACAGAGACAUCAAACCAGAUAAUAUCCUGCUGACAGCUGAGGGCCACAUCAGACUGGGGGAUUUUGGCUCCUGCCUGAGGCUCCUGGAGGAUGGAAUGGUACACUCAUCCCUGGCAGUUGGCACCCCUGACUACUUAUCUCCAGAGAUUUUGAGGGCAGUUGAAGGGGGGGGAGGAUACGGUCCUGAGUGUGACUGGUGGGCUCUGGGUAUUUGUGCCUAUGAGAUGCUGCUAGGGACCACACCUUUCUAUGCGGAGUCCAUCUCUGAAACAUAUGCAAAAAUCAUCCACUUUCAGGAGUAUUUUGAGUUCCCUCCAUCUGGCCCUGAGGUUUCGGAUGACGCGCGAUCCUUCAUCAGCGGGCUUAUCUGUGAGCGAGAAGUGCGUCUGGGGAAGAAGGGCUUUAGUGACUUCAGGAGCCACCCUUUCUUCUGUGGAACAGACUGGGGGUCCCUGCACAAGCUCCCUGCUCCCUUCUUGCCCGAAGUGUCGAAUGCAACAGACACCUCGAACUUUGAUGUUCUGGAUGAUUGUCUGAGUGAAAUGGAAACACUGUCUGGUGUCAUGGACAGGGCACCCAUUGGAGUACACUUGGCUUUUGUUGGAUACUCUUACACUGCUACCAGCCAGACGGGUGCCAUUGACCGCAGUCGAGACAUCAUGAUGCAGAUUGACCACAAAAGGCUUAGGCAGUGUGAGAGCAUUUACUCUCCAGAGAAGACGUGUGAAUUUCAGAGUCAAGUGUGGCAGCUCAGGGACACUUUACCCGAUGACCUGCCUGCCUUGCUGGAGCUCCCACUAACCCUGGAGCAAGGCACUACAGCAUCUACUCACACCACAACAGAGGAGGAGGAGGAGGAGGAUACUGACCAAAUUUCAGGAAUCGAUGAAGACUUGCACAGACGGCUGCAGGAAGCACAGAGGAAGUACUGCGAGCUGGAGAAAGAGAUGGAGAUACUAAAGCGGGAGAUCCAGGAUUGGAGGACCUCCAAAGAGGCAGAGCUGAGUAUCUGCCCAUCAUCUUUUGCUCUGCCUGCCCACUGUAUGGACCCAUCGUGGGAUAAGGAGAGAGCGCCCCCUGCCUGCCACUACCCGCUGGUGAUCCCUCUACACCGCCACCUGCUCCUGUUUCACAGGGUGCGCCUGCCACAGGUGAGGAGUGAGUCUUACCUGCUGGUGUGUGCAGAGGGGGGAGAGCUGCAAGCCUGGGAGAGACACUAUUACACUGAGCUCUCCUGAGUUUCCCCCGGGGGGUUAUUUGCCAACCUCUCCCGUGAGAAGAGGAGCAAGGGUUCAUCCCCAGCUCCACUGUCACUUCCUGCAUCCAACACCUCCUCAGAUUCCCCACCACAGAAGGCCACAAAGUUGAGAGGGAAAACUGGGACAGACGGGAAAAAAAAAGUUUGAGCGAGAGCUGCUGAGGCAUGUUCAUAGGAGGUGAUCGUUCCUAGUGUGGCCUGUGAACAUGGUGACAAUUGCAAAUAACUUAGCAGGCCAAGACCAGUGGACCAAGACAACUUCUGGGCAGUCAGUUUUAACACAGGGAAAUAAGGAAGAGGAAUUUAUGAGCGACAUCUUCUGGGCCGACAUGUUUCAUUAACCUAUGAGGGCUGCAAAUAGAGACUUCAGAUCAUACUGAGGACAAGAGUCUGCUUAAACUAACGUCUUGCAAUGACGUCCACACACAUUUGAGUGACAGAGCAGGGCAAGUGAGAUCACUCUGAGCAUACUAUCUCCAGCCACUUUAGACCUUUCUGGUGCUUUACUUGCUACAGAAUAUAAUUUCUCUUUUUUUAUCUUGUAUCUGCACCUAGGGGUGGUUUGUACUUGUUGUGUUGCACUACUAUAGGAAUGUUAUUAUUGUUGUGCCUGUUUUGAGUAUUCAGGAGGUUAAUAAUAACUCUUCCACGUCUGGUAUUUUUAUAAAUUUUGCAUAUUAAUUAAGGCCUUGCCUACAUGGGUCAUUUCAGGGUGAACGGUUUUGCAGGAAAUAGUGAACUGAAGAAUAAAAUGGAACGGCAAGGCUCACCAGGUCAAAUUCAGGGUGUGAUUUGAGCAUUCACUCUCAUUAGAAAUAUUGAUAUCAGAAUGCUCAACUCCUGCAGAGUCCAGUUUAUUCCUACAGCACUUUAAACCAGUCAUCCUUUAACCAGGUCAGUCACCAGAGUUUUACGGCACACAAAGCAUCAUAAGUAGAGGAACAUCUAAACAGGAAGUAGCAGUCAUGCAACACAAACUUCCAGAUAGACUGCCCUGGUGUGUGUGUGUGGUUACGUAGGAGUGUGUGUGCUUGCACAGGUCUGAGUGGACCAAGCAGCAGCAGGACAGUCCAGGAGAGUAAGCUGGUCAUGAAGUUCCUGACAGACCACAAGAAAUGGAAGGACUCACAGACGUGGUGUGAUGUCAGACAUACUAAAGCAAAACACGUACUUAACAAAUAAGCCUGUGGGCUUGUGGGACUGAACACUGACAGAGUUUGAUUUAUUAACACUGCAAGAAAGUGUUUUCCAAGUUUUAAAGCUUUCUCCCCGACUAUGUUGUUUUUAAAUGUGAGGAAGGUCAAGGAGUCCUCCAUUCCCGUCUCAUCGAGUAAAUCACACUGUCAGACAAAGACUUCUGGCAGCAUCAGUCCGUACAUACGUUUAACAUGCAG